GCGUUUUGCCAUAACGAGUUAUGCAUAAGAUACUUGACAGCACGGGGUGAUGCAGCAGAUGCCUUGGCCCCAUACACCAUGCAGAGAAUCGGUCCUCAUUCGUUGCCAGCUCGCUCACCGCUCCACAUUAGUCACUCCGAAAAGUGGUCAUGGCUCCCAGCCAGCGCAUGGCACCGAGCCUUGUUGAAGUCGGGAGCCACAGCUAUUUAAUAUGAUGUUCACUUCUGCACUUGAGUCCAGGCAUCGUUAAUACAGAAGAUGGCGGCCCGGUUCCCCGUCAAGAACUCGAUUUGGGAAAUCGACCGUAACACUUGGUCAGUCGGCGAACGACUACUCCUUUCUCGCACGCCUACCGCACCGGCCGACCGUUGGUGGAGCGACGGCUGUGGCUCCUUUUACAGCAUUUCCGAGCUGGCCGGAACACCACCUCCAUCUCGGCCAUUGUCAACCUUGUCCUUGACCCCUAUACGACUUAUCUACGAAGCCGGCGACAGCUCUGCUGUCUGGGCAAUCGGGGACGCCUUCCUGAAGAUUAAGAGCUCCGAUCAUCCGGAGACGACUCGGGAGCAUGUCACAAUAGCCGCCGUACAUGCCAUGCGACGCAGUUUCACUAUUCCGAACGUUCUCUUCCACGACGAGUGGGCUGGCCGUCGAUACUUGGUUCUGUCCAAAAUCCCCGGGUGCACCCUCGCCGACGCAUGGAAAACAAUGGAUGAGGCGACGAAAUGUCAGUAUGUCGAUCGGGUGGUGGAUGUUUGUAAUGAGCUGGGCAAGCUUCGGAAUGAUUGUAUCGGUGGCAUUGAUGGGAAUCAGCUCCUUGAACCGCUACUUGUCAAACGCAAUGCGGUCGCAGAUUUCAGUCACGACAACCUACUGAAGGCUUGCGAGACGUUAGGUAUGGACUGCUCUAAUUUUGUAUUCUAUCACUGCGACUUGGGGCCGGGCAACUUAAUCAUAGAUAGCGAUGGAUCGCUUGGUGUCAUCGACUGGGAAAUGGCUGGCUUUGUGCCCAAGGACUGGAUCAGGACCAGAUUCUGUAUUUCUGGCGGUUUGGAUUUACCUGGCACGGGUGAUGAAAGGGUCGAUUGGAGACGGCGUAUGCAAAGACGACUAUCUACAGAAGGAUAUCCCGAAAUUGCUGACGAGUGGAUGAGUUGGUGGAGGGGAGAAUAGAUUUAUUCCUGGGUGCCACAAACACAUCUCUAGACAGUCAUAUCAUCUGAAAUUUC